AUGGGCAUGGAGGACAGCAGACACCUCUUCACAGGAAACCAACCCACUGACAUCGUCUCCAGCUCUACUCAACUCACUCCCAGGAGCCAUAGACGUUCCACAGCCAGCCUCGGGCUACUCACAGGAGAGACGGAACAUGUCUUGUACAUCAUCCAGUCGAAGACCUCUGGCUUCCUCCAGCAGGACAUCAUAUGGAAUUCUUGUCAGUCGGUGCAGAACUUUGGAGCGGACAAAUGGCUCUCUGCUCAAAGCAUCAGCAACGACAUUCUUGGGCCCUGGAGGGCCUGUCCCAUGAUGAACCUGACCGGUGCUGUUCUACUUCUCUCGUUGGUGUCGCUAGUCCACGGUGCCUGCUCUCUCAAUGGGAGGAACAGAGGAGACCUCUAUGACUGCCCAGCGGAUGUGUACAUUGUUCUGGACACCUCAGAGAGUGUGGCGCUGAGAGCCAAGCCCUACGGCUCCUUCGUUGAUCAGAUCAAGCAGUUUGCCCUGGACUUUGUGGACCAGCUCAACACUAGAUACUACCGCUGUGAGCGUAACCUGACGUGGAGUGUGGGAGUGCUGCACUACAGUGAUGAGGUGAAGGUGAUGAGCGAGCUAACCAGCACCAAGGAGGCCCAAGGAAGAACUCAGCUGAAGAGAGCCAUACAGGACAUCCGCUACAUCGGCAAGGGAACCCACACCGACUGUGCCAUCUCCGUAGCAACUGGGCAGCUGAUGACAGGGGGCUCUCCUCUCCAUGGCAACAAGUACAUGGUGGUGGUGACAGAUGGCCACCCGCUGGACGGAUAUAAGGAGCCGUGUGGCGGGGUGGCAUACACCGUGUCUGAGGCCAGAGCCAUGGACAUUAAAAUCUUCAGCGUGGCUAUCACUCCGCAUCACCUGGGGGACCCUGGGGUUAUGGGCCUGUCUGGUUGUAAAGGAGACGAGGGGGCAGAGGGAGAGAUGGGAACACCUGGGGAGCUAGGGGUUCCUGGAGUGUCUGGACCCAACGGAGUCAAGGGGGAGCCUGGACCAAUGGGAGGACCUGGAAAUAAGGGUGACCGGGGAGACGAAGGUGUAGGGGGAGAGAGGGGACUGAGAGGUGCUCCAGGAAUAAGAGGUGGUCAAGGGGAGACGGGUGACCCAGGCUCUGCUGGAGCACAGGGUCAUGAAGGUCAGGCUGGAGACGUGGGUUCACAGGGUCUGAGUGGAGUGUCUGGGCUCAAAGGGUACAGAGGAGAGCCGGGUUCUCACGGACCUGCGGGUGUUAAGGGCCCCAGGGGGCCUCCAGGAGCACCGGGAGAUGCAGGGCCCAUUGGGAAAAGGGAUCUGUUCCGCACAGCAAAGUUCAUGUCUGACACUCUACAGUCCCCUGAUCUUUUGCCUGAGACUGCCACUGACCUCGCACACUCUGUCAUCACAAAAGCAGGUACAGUUCUCAUGGGAAUGUCAGCCCUCAACCCCAAGCUUGCCGGAUUCCUUCAAAAGGAGAGCCUUGUGCUCAUGGCACAGCACUAUGGAAUCAGAGAGGACAAUCUGCUGGCGGAGGUGCACCAAGUGUGCCGGCUCUUGGAAAGAAGAAAAGAACAUGGCGAGACAAUUAGCAGCACACUGGAGUUCCUGUCCAUGCUUAAACCCUUCAAAGACUCCUUCGUGGACAUCUAUAAACUUGGCAUCAGGGGAUUCACAGGGCUGAAGGGUGAUGUCGGCCUGCCAGGUGAUCGCGGUGAUGAUAACGACCAGCCAGGUCGGGGAGGCCUCCAGGGGCCAAAAGGAUACCCUGGUCUCACAGGAGAGAAUGGAUCACCAGGCCCAGUGGGCCAUCCGGGGGCAGACGAAUGUGAGAUCCUGGAGGUCAUUCAGAAACUCUGCUCAUGCUGUGUGUGUGAGUGUGGUCCGGUGAAGCUACUCUUUGUACUGGACAGUUCAGAGAGCGUUGGGCUGCAGAACUUCACCCUGGAAAAAGAGUUUAUCAUUCGAAUCAUCAACAAGAUUACCAAGUUCAGCAAAGACAAGAAGGAGCUAGGAUCACGAGUGGGUGUAGUUCAGUACAGCCACGACGGCACCCAGGAGCUGGUAUCUAUGGAGGACCCCAAGAUCACCACAGUAGCACAGCUCAAAAGCUCGGUGAGAAACAUGCGCUGGAUUGCUGGUGGUACGUACACGGGAGAGGCGCUGGACUUUGCCCGGCAGGCAUUCGGCAGCUCCCAGCUGGACCGAAAGGUGGCCGUAGUCUUGACGGACGGACGGUCAGAUACCCGCCGGGACGCCAAACCGCUGUCCUCCCUCUGCUCUGUGCCCAAUAUAAGGGUGGUGGGCAUUGGCAUAGGUGACAUCUUCAGACGGGCGUCCUACGCCACUAUGCUGGAGGAGAUCACCUGUCUGGAUACAGCCUCACCUGGACUCUACCUGAAGGUUACAGACCACGUGCAACUGCUGGAGGACUCCUUCUUCAACAACGUUACUGGUUAUAUCUGCCAAGAUAAGAAAUGUCCUGAUUACACCUGUCCAGCCAACUUCCAGGAAGCUACAGACAUAGUCUUCAUGUUGGACGGCUCCUCCAGUGUAGGCCAGGCCAACUUCUACAGAGCCAGAGAGUUUGUUGAGAACAUGGCCGCCAGGCUGCUGUCACAGGACCGGGGAGGGCUGCUCCGCCUGUCCGUCAUGCAGUAUAGCGAUGGGCAGCAGCAGAGAGUGGAGGUGCCCUUCACCUCCAGGGUUGAGGAUGUGCUAACGGGGCUAGCAGCUACGCUCUACAUGGACGGGGCCACCGACUUACCGGCUGCCCUGGCCUUCCUGACCUCCACCCUCCAGAGGGAGGGCCGCUCUGCUGUUCCCAGGAAAGUGGUGGUGUUCACGGACGGCAGGUCUGUGGCCUCUGCCCGGGCUGCUAUCCCCGGAGCCGCCGCCGCCGCCCUGGCAGAGAACACACAGCUGCUGGCCGUCACUGUGGGCAAGGGCUUUGACGAGGCGGGCGUGUGCCAGCUGGUGACGGGACAGGCGAACGGGUUUGAUUACCGCGUCGUGGAUAGUCGUGUCCACCGAGUGGCGCUGUACAGUGACCUGGCCAGACGGGUGGUCAUGCAGAGCCUGGCUAGAAAGCUCUCUAAAGCUCUCUGAAGCUCUCUAAAGCUCUCUGAAGUUCUCUAACGCUCUCUAAAGCUCUGUAAAGCUCUCUUACACUUUCUGAAGCUCUGUAAAGCUCUCUGGAGCAGUGUAAAGCUCUCUGUAGCUCUCUAACGCUCUUAAAGACCUCCAUACUACUGAAAUGUCUAUGAAUUGUCCUGUUGUGCCAUGUAUUAGGCCAUUAAGAAAUUAGAUAGAU